GUUGAAGGGAAGAACCUGAUACAUCCCCAAAAUGUUUAACAAAUCCUUUGGGACUCCGUUUGGAGGCAGCACCGGCUUCGGGACCACUUCAACCUUUGGACAAAAUGCUGGCUUUGGGACAAGUGGAGGAGCGUUUGGAACAUCCGCCUUUGGCUCAAACAACAACACUGGAGGCCUCUUUGGGAGCACACAGACAAAACCAGGAGGAUUAUUUGGUUCCACGACAUUCAAUCAGCCAGCCACCUCCUCCACAAGCACUGGCUUUGGCUUUGGAACCUCAACUGGGACAUCAAACAGCCUGUUUGGAACAACCAGCACCGGGGGAGGCCUCUUCUCAUCCCAGAGCAAUGCCUUUGCACAGAAUAAGCCAGCUGGGUUUGGAAACUUUGGAACCAGCACCAGCAGCGGGGGGCUCUUUGGAACCACUAACACCACUUCCAAUCCCUUUGGCAGUACCUCUGGCUCUCUUUUUGGCCCAACUAGUUUCACCGCUGCUCCAACUGGCACCACUAUUAAAUUCAAUCCACCAACUGGUACAGAUACUAUGGUAAAAUCUGGUGUCAGCACCAACAUCAACACCAAGCACCAAUGCAUCACGGCCAUGAAAGAAUAUGAAAGCAAAUCUCUGGAGGAGCUGCGUUUGGAAGACUACCAGGCAAACAGGAAGGGACCCUCCAACCCUGUAGGAGCUGGAGCAGCUGCAGGCUUGUUUGGGUCUUCUACAGCUACGUCGAGUACAGCUACAGGACUUUUUGGCUCUUCUACUACUAGUACUGGCUUUUCAUAUGGACAGAAUAAAACUCCUUUUGGAACCAGUACAACUGGCUUUGGAACAGGAACCACAGGGGGGCUUUUUGGUCAGCAACCUCAAACGACAAGUCUGUUCAACAAACCUUUUGGCCAGCCCACAACAACACAGAACACUGGCUUUUCCUUUGGGAACACCAACACCCUGGGGCAGCCCAACACGAGCACAAUGGGUCUCUUUGGGGUGACCCAGCCCUCACAGCCCGGAGGCCUUUUUGGAACAGCUGCCAAUACAAAUGCUGGGACUGGGUUUGGAACUGGAACUGGGCUCUUUGGACAACCCAACACAGGAUUUGGUGUUGGCGGUUCGACCCUGUUUGGGAACAAGCCUGCUGGAUUUGGAACCACCACGACCAGCGCUCCCUCGUUUGGUACCAGCACCGGUGGCGGGCUCUUUGGGUUUGGGGCCAACACUGCUGGAAACAGUUUGUUUGGAAAUAAACCUGCAACUGGGACUCUGGGAACUGGCCUUGGAACCGGAUUUGGAACAGCUCUUGGGGCAGGACAGACGUCUCUGUUCGGGAACACCCAGCCCAAACUUGGUGGAACACUGGGAACGGGAGCGUUUGGAGCACCAGGAUUCAAUACAUCAACAGCUACUCUGGGCUUUGGAGCCCCUCAGCCUGCUGUGGCACUGACAGACCCAAAUGCCUCAGCUGCCCAACAAGCAGUGCUUCAGCAGCAUCUCAACAGCUUGACCUACUCACCCUUUGGGGAUUCUCCACUCUUCAGAAACCCCAUGUCAGACCCAAAGAAGAAGGAAGAGAGGCUGAAACCAACUAACCCAGCAGCUCAGAAGGCCUUAACAACACCCACCCACUACAAACUGACCCCUCGCCCAGCAACCAGAGUGCGACCGAAAGCUCUGCAGUCAGCUGGCCCUGCCAAAUCCCACCUCUUCGAUGGUCUUGAUGACGAUGAGCCAUCCCUGUCCAACGGGGCAUUCAUGCCAAAGAAGAGCAUUAAAAAGCUGGUGUUGAAGAACCUCAACAGGAGCAGCCUCUUCUCUCCUGUUAACCAGGAAAAUGAAGACCUGGCUUCUCCUUCGGAGUACCCGGAGAAUGGAGAUAGGUUCUUCCUGUCCAUGCCCCCCGAAGAAAACCACAGGCAGGAUGGGGAGCGAGAGGACGAGGAUCAGCACGAGGUGAGCAGCUUUUACACGAACCCCAUUGCCAGGCCCAUUCCCCAGCCUGCAGAGAACUCCCUGCACAAACACCACCACGACGUGGACGACACCAUCGUGGCCCUGAACAUGCGGGCGGCCCUGCGGAACGGCCUGGAAGGCAGCAGUGAGGAUGCCUCUUUCCAUGAUGAUUCCCUUCAGGAUGAGCGUGAGGACGAGCAGGAAAUGAUGCAUCAUCUGCACCCUGCAGGCAUUGUCCUGAAGAGAGCUGGCUACUACACUGUCCCCUCCAUGGAGGAGCUGGCAAAGCUCACCAACGACAGGAACGAGUGUGUCGUGAUGGGCUUCACCAUCGGGCGCAGAGGUUAUGGAUCCAUUUACUUUGAUGGAGAAGUAAAUCUCACCAACCUAAACCUGGAUGACAUCGUGCAUAUCCGUAGGAAAGAAGUUGUUGUCUACCCUGAUGAUGAGAGGAAACCACCCAUUGGUGAAGGCUUGAAUAGGCGAGCUGAAGUGACCUUAGAUGGAGUGUGGCCCACAGAUAAAACCUCUCGCUGCCCCAUCAAAAGCCCCGAGCGACUGGCAGAGAUGAAUUACGAAGGGAGGCUCGAGGCUGUGUCUCGCAAGCAGGGCGCUCGCUUCAAGGAAUACCGCCCCGAGACCGGAUCCUGGGUCUUCAAGGUGGCACACUUCUCCAAGUACGGCCUGCAAGACUCGGAUGAGGAAGAGGAGGAGCAGCCUUCCAAAGUGGACAUCAAGAAGCUAAAAACCACCCCAGUGCCACCCCCCGGGCACCUGCCCCCCCAGCAAAUGGCCCUGAAUGGCAAACCAACGCCUCCAGCUCAGAGCCCAGACGUGGAGCAGCUGGGCAGGAUGGUGGAGCUGGACAGUGACAUGGCUGACAUCACCCAGGAGCCCCCCCAGGAGCCCCUGCCCGAAGACAGCAUCAUGGAAGAGCAGGAGGCAGUGCCUGCUUCGGCGCACAUCGCAUCCACUCUGGGCAUCAACCCCCAUGUGCUGCAGAUCAUGAAAGCUUCCCUGCUGGCUGAUGAAGACGACCUGGAUUUGAUCCUGGAUCAUCACCCUGGGAAGCAACCUGUGAAAACGGAUUCUUCUCAAGAGAUCUGCUCCCCGAGGCUCCCAAUCUCAAAGCCCCAUAGACAGAAGAGAUACUCAGUGGGUGGGCUCCUGCAGUCCAAGUUCGCCGCUGUGAUCUCCCAGAGCCCCGGUGCUGCUGGGCAGGAGCUGCAGGGGCCGCAGGCUCCGGGCAGCCCCGCUCCUGCCCCCUGCUCCGGGACGCCUCCGCUGAAGCCGGUGUUCUCCGUCCCACCGGCGGGGCCCGAGGUGCAGAUGAGAGCAGUGGGGGUGCGCAGGCAGCAGGGCCUCGUGCCCCUCGAGGCGUCCGUGGCCCACAGGAAGGGGAAGCUGCUCAUGGACAUGGCGCUCUUCAUGGGCCGCUCGUUCCGCGUCGGCUGGGGACCCAACUGGACCCUCGUCAACUGUGGAGACCAGCUGAGUGCGUCGGCUGAUGUGGAAGAUCCCCAGCGUGACCCGGUGGAGUACGGAUUCCUGCCGGCUCCCGUUGCUCCCAAGCCGCUCUCAGAAUCCUCUUUCAAGGUUCACGUGGAGAAGCUGAGCUUGGCACAACGGACGAUGGACAGAGAAAACCAACUGUAUCUCAUCCCUCUGGAGAUAAAGCUCAAACACAGCACUGUCCAUAUGGAUGAGCACUGCCCUCUUCUAGCGCCUAACCCAGGAGUUUCUGCUAUCCAUGACUAUGCUGACUGGGUCAGGAAGGCAUCUGAGGAUCCUGCAGUGACAGAAGGUACGGUGAAGCACUGGUGCUUGGCAUGGACGCUGUGCGAGGCGCUCUGGGGGAAGCUGAAGGAGCUGGAGGCCAGGCUGGAGGCGCCCAGGGAGUACGUGCUGGCCCUGGAGCGCAGGAGAGCCUUCUCCCGCUGGCUGGCGGCCACGGCGGCCGCACGCAUCGACCAGGAGGUGGCCAUGGCCCGGCACGGGAGCCCCGUGGAGGCCGUCUUCAGCUGCCUCACCGGGAGGAGGAUCGGGGAGGCCUGCAGGCUGGCCCAGCAGUCAGAUGACCACAGGCUGGCUCUGCUCCUGUCCCAGCUGGCCGGGAGCCAGCCUGUGCGGGACCUGCUCACCAUGCAGCUGGUGGACUGGCACAGGCUGCAGGCAGACUGCUUCAUCCAGGACGAGAGGCUGCGGAUCUUCGCCCUGCUGGCUGGAAAGCCUGUGUGGCAGUUAUCAGAGAGAAUCAAUAUCAACGUGUGCUCGCUGCUGGACUGGAAGCGCUGCGUGGCCGUGCACCUCUGGUACCUGCUCCCUCCAACAGCUUCUAUUUCCCAGGCCCUUGCCAUGUACGAGUUGGCCUUUCAGAACACAUCAGAGUGUGAAAAAUACGCGUGCUGCCCUCUGCCUCCCUACCUGGAGGAUUCUGGCUGUGUCAUAGAAGAAGAUGACAGCACAGGAAGGCCCCUGAGGGACGUCUGCUUCCACUUAUUAAAGCUCUACAGUGACAGGCACUACGACCUCGACCAGCUGCUGGAUCCCAGGAGCAUCACAUCCGACCCCCUGGACUGUCGCUUGAGCUGGCACCUCUGGGAGGUGCUCAGGGCCCUGAACUACACCCACCUGAGCCAGCAGAGCCAGGGGGUGCUGAACACCAGCUACGCUGCCCAGCUCGAGAGCGAAGGCCUCUGGGAAUGGGCUGUUUUCAUCCUGCUGCACGAGCCCCAGACACACAUCCGGGAGAAGGCGGUGCGGGAGCUGCUGGGCCGGCACUGCGUCCUCAGCGAGACCCCCGAGUCCUGGGCCAAGGAGACGUUCCUGACACAGAGGCUCUGCGUCCCCCCCCAGUGGAUUCACGAGGCAAAGGCGGUUCGGGCACGGAUGGAGGGCGACAAGCACAAAGAAGCCCUCUUCUUGUUCAAGGCUGGGCACUGGAACCAGUGUCACAAACUGGUUGUCAGGCACUUGGCCUCAGAUGCCAUUAUCAACGAGAACUACAAGUACCUGAAGGGAUUCCUGGAGGAUCUCGCCCCUCCAGAGCGCAGUGCCCUUAUCCAGGACUGGGAGAUGGCAGGAUUGGUCUACCUGGAUUACAUCCGUGUCAUUGAGAUGCUGGACAGGAUUCAACAGCUGGAUUGCUCCACCUACGAGCUGGAGAGGUUGCACACCAAGGUGACAUCGCUGUGCAACAGGAUAGAGCAGAUCCAGUGCCACAGCGCCAAGGACCGCCUGGCUCAGUCAGACAUGGCCAAGCGCAUCGCCAACCUGCUGCGGGUGGUGCUGGGCCUGCAGCACACCCCGGAGCCCCCCUGUGAGCCCGCAGCCGAGCUGCAGCGCGUGCCCCUGCGCCUGCUGGCCCCGCACAUCGGCCGCCUGCCCAUGCCCGAGGACUACGCCUUGGAGGAGCUGCGCAGCCUCACCCAGUCCUACCUGCGGGAGCUGAUGGUCAGCACCCACUGAGCCCCCCCUAACCCCGACCCGGACACUUGUU